CUACACACACUGUCAUUCCUGAUGUGGUGAUUUCUUUUUUUUCAUUUUUUUUUAACAGUCGUACUAUUCAUCUCUAAAUGGCAAACAAAGGUCAGAUCUCUACGAGGAACUCAGCCCUUAUUGCCAUGAUUGCUGAUGAGGACACUAUAACUGGAUUCUUGCUGGCUGGAGUGGGUAAUGUUGACAUACGGAGGAAGACAAACUACCUUAUUGUUGAUUCAAAAACUACUGUUAAAGCGAUUGAAGAUGCAUUCAAAGAGUUCACCACAAAGGAGGACAUUGCCAUUGUGUUGAUUAGCCAAUAUGUUGCAAACAUGAUCAGGUUUCUUGUUGAUAGCUACAGAAAGCCAGUUCCUGCAAUUUUGGAGAUUCCAUCCAAGGACCACCCAUAUGAUCCAGCCCAUGACUCGGUUCUUUCACGAGUGAAGAACCUCUUUUCUGCUGAAUCAGUGGCUAGGCGUUAAGUGCAGGAAUUUAUGCUACAUUUAUGUGCACGUAUAUAUGAUAUCCAUUUUUUUUUAAAUUUCGGAAUAUGGAUAGAU